ACGUUAGGGUUUUUGCAAAUAAUGUGUAAAAUUUACGUAAAAGCGUGCAUACACACUGCAACAUCGAUUAAUAUUAAAUGUAAUUACGUCAAAAUUGCUAUACAGUAUAAUAUAGUUUAUCUUCUUAAAAAAACAAAUUUUCCAAUGGCAAAAUGAUGAACUUUGUAAUACGCUGUGCUUACAGUUACUCUUGGCAAAUGUUAUUUUCUUUCAUCUAUUUUUGUUGCGGGGAAAUGUUGGUGACUGUUUGUUUUUUAGGGACUUUCCAGGACGUGCGCCUGUUACGCAACAGUAGCUUUGUUUACGUCAGAAGCAUAGAAACAUUAAAAGGUUUAGUGAAAUUUUGCACGUUUUUCGUAAACUGCAAAUAAAAAUGGAAUACGUGGAAAAUUUUACGGAAGAAAUAUCGAGAGAGGCUGAAAACAUUCUGCAUAAUGUUUUUCCAGAAAAAGUGGCGCAAUUAGACAGGUUGCUCCGUGAUCCGCGGUUUAGCUUGAAGAAAUUGGACGAAAUACGAAGAGUCAGUCGAAAUACGCUUAAAGCAAAUUCUGCUAAAAAUUCAGAUUCUUCUGCUUCGCAUCCUGAAAAGUUAAAUCAAGUGGGAGUCAACACAGUAAUUGCAGAAACCAUGGAUUUGUUGCGCCAGGAAAUCACAUCCGUAAUGGAGUCCUGCAAUACUUUGCGACUUUGGGUGACGCUGAUGCUUCCAAAAAUAGAAGAUGGAAAUAAUUUCGGGGUAUCUGUUCAAGAAGAAACGUUGGGUGAAAUAAAAGGAGUUGAGUCCGAAGCAACGUCGUAUUUUGGGCAGAUAACUACCUACUUUCUCGCGAGAGCAAAGAUUUGUGCAAAGCUGUCUAAGCACCCAAACAUUUACGAUUACCAUCGGUACAUCGUUGAGGACGACGAAAAAACGUUCGUUUCACUUCGGCUGAUGGUUGCAGAACUCCGAAACGCGUAUUCUUCGCUGCAUGAUUUAAUUUUGAAAAAUUUCGACAAAAUAAGAAAACCACGAAGUUCAUCUUCGAGCUACAAUUCAAUGUAUUGAUACAUUGGUUUACUUUUAAAUACAAAAAUCAUAUAUUACUGUAACGCUUACAUAUACCUUUUUGUGGCUAAGCUCUCUUUUCUAGCCAUGUGAAGAAAAAAAGGUGAUUCCCCGGCGCAAGUAUUUACCACGUGAUAUUGCGUCAAAUUUUCAUCAUAAAUCACGCAAUUAAAAACUGUUUUACAAAAUUUCUAGAGUAUUAGCAGAAGAAAAAAUGGCGUUAACUGCCGAGACAUUAAAAGAUAAACUGACAAAGGAGCUGAGUGCAGAAUACGUGGAUGUAAAGGACAUUUCUCCCGACAUGUGUGGAACCAGUUUCCAUGCUGUUGUUGUUUCGCCCCAGUUUGUGGGUAAAGCUCGCUUGCAACAGCAGCGAAUGGUUAACAAUGCACUUGCUGAGGAGAUGCCAUCAAUCCACGCUUUUACACAAAAGACAUACACACCAGAAGCAUGGAAAAAGGCAAACUCUACGGACUGAUUAUAUUUCUGAGUUAAUUUAAACAAUAUUUGUUUGACCAUUAUAAACGUUCAGAUUUCCUAUAAUUUUUUUUGCGUUAUAAGGCCCAUUAUUGUGCAAUGCAUAAGGCCUGCUUUCUGCACAGUUUUUACCAGACUGAUUAGUUGUCAGUCUUGUCACUUUUAGAAUAUGAAUAAAGUCUGCAUGGUUGGAAGUGGAAUAAUUCUCUUCAGAUUAGUAACUCCAUGUUUUUAUAAUCACAAAAAGCUAUUGAGUUAGUACAUGUACAUGAUAACAUUUUAUAAAGAAAUUUAACCUAAAACGUUGGAAUUGAAGGCAUAUUAUUCAAACUAUUUAUAUCUAUUUAUGACAAAUUUAAUUUCUGAAUUCUGAUUAUAAGGUUUUGUUUGAUUAUGAUAUGCUUGUGGAGUAA